AUGACAUCGCUACCCAAAUCGGAGUCGGAAUGGCGUGCCGUUCUCAGCCCUGAGCAGUUCCGUGUACUGCGUCAAAAGGGCACAGAGCGUGCUGGUACUGGUGCUUAUGACAAGCACUACGAUCAUGGUGUCUAUUGCUGUGCAGGCUGUCAGGCUCCUUUGUAUAAGAGCACAAGCAAAUUUGAUAGCGGGUGUGGCUGGCCAGCAUUUUUUGAGGCUUUCCCGGGUGCUAUCGAUCGUCAUGAUGACUUUUCGUUUGGCAUGCGCCGCACCGAAAUUACCUGUAAAAACUGUGGCGGUCACUUGGGCCAUGUAUUCUAUGGUGAAGGCUUUCCUACGCCGACCGAUGAACGUCAUUGUGUCAAUUCUAUCUCGUUGAGUUUCCACAAAGAGGACCAGUGA